UUAAACGAUUAAAAUUCCUACUUCGUGUACCUUCUAUAACAUAGAGGGAUUAAUUCAUGUAAUUAGUUGUUAGAUGGUUCAAAUUUCUAUUUCAUGUCCUAUACCUUUGAUAGAUGUAAAUGCAAAGAGGCGCCGACGGAAAAAACCAUGGAGUUGCAUGUCGGAUGAAAAGCAUGGAGAUGGAUAUGUCGAAGACGUCGCUCGUCAUGGAACACCUGAAAAAUUAGAUUUCGUGUUACUUAACUGGGCGCAGAUACGGGAUUUGGACCAAAAAAUCAUGGAGAUGACAACGUCGAGGAUGCCCAUCCUGGAGCAUCUGAAACAUGAGAUUUUCUAUCACUUAAAUGGGUACCUCCAAAUUGGCUUAAACAUGGAUCCAUACAAAAUAACUUAA